AUGGAGGAGGCCCCCAAAGCUGAAUCGCCAGCAACUCCGCAAGCCAGCGAAGGCGUGAAGGUCACAGCUUCGGGCUUGACGAAGCAGCAACAACAAAGGGUAGCGGCCCACAGCCACAUUCGUUCUCUGGGGUUAGCAGCAGAUGGCACAGCAUUGCCACAGGGGGGUGGUAUGGUGGGUCAGCUGGAGGCGAGGGAGGCUGCAGGCAUUGUUGUUGAUCUGAUAAAAGCCCGAAAGCUUGCUGGCCAAGCGCUGCUCCUGGCGGGGCCCGUGAGCUCUGGAAAGACUGCCUUGGCGAUGGGAAUUUGCGGGCAGUUGGGGACGGGGGUCCCAUUCGUGCCGCUGGCGGCAUCGGCUGUAUACAGCAGUGAAGUGAAAAAGACAGAAGUUCUUCUUGAACACUGCAGAAGAGCUCUAGGUCUACGCAUACGAGAGGUAAAAGAGGUGUUUGAGGGGGAAGUCGUUCAGUUAGCCGCAGAGGAGGCUGAAAACCCUCAUGGGGGCUUCGGCAUUGUGAAACGCGUCGGCCGCAGUGACGCGUACGCGACAGAGUUUGACCUCGAGGCUGAGGACUUCGUCCCUGUUCCUAAAGGCCAUGUGGAGAAAAAGAAAGAAGUCGUUCAAACUGUGUCCCUGCAUGACCUUGACGUCGCCAACUCCAAACCGCAGGGCGGUACCGACGUCAUUUCUAUGAUGGGCGCGUACAUGAAACCACGCAAAACUGAAAUUACGGAACGAUUGAGGGAGGAAAUAAACAAAACAGUGAACAAAUAUAUUGAACAGGGAGUAGCACAGCUGAUCCCAGGAGUUUUGUUUAUCGACGAAGUUCACAUGCUGGAUAUCGAAUGUUUCUCCUUCCUAAACCGCGUGCUGGAGUCGCCAAUGAGCCCCAUAAUCAUUUUCGCAACCAACCGAGGAGUCAGCACUGUCCGUGGCACGGACUCUGUAGAGCCUCACGGCAUGCCCGUGGAUCUUCUCGAUCGCCUGCUUAUCAUCAAGACGCAGCCAUACACAAUUUCAGAAGUAGUGCAAGUGAUACAGCUGCGUGCGGCCGUAGAGCGCGUCAGCCUCACCCCCGGCGCUCUACAAGCCAUUGGCGAGAUAGGCGCUCAGACAUCUUUGCGCUUCGCACUGCAACUUUUGGAGCCCUGCCGUCUUGCAGCAGAGGCUCGAGGUUCAGAAAUAGUUGAGGCAAGUGAUGUGGCGGACGUCGACGCCUUAUUCCUUGAUGCCAAGACCUCAGCGCUGAGGCUUGCGGAGCAGGCUCACCGCUUCCCCUCAUAG